AUGGUUGGCGAACUGUUAGGCUAUUCAAGCCAGGCCAGCUUCUUCACUUGCUCAAGGGGAAAGAGCCGGGAAUGGAUAGUCCUAUGGUUAUCUUGCUUAAUUCCGGAUCCAAAGUCAAGGGGCGAGCUCAAGCUCUGCUGUGUUAUCGAUAAAGAUGUUCGCCUUUUGGUCCCCAGUCAGACAGAGAAAGAGGGAGAUAUUGUAGAGGAAAUUUACCAAGUCAGACUCGACCUUGAACCUGAAAUGCUACGCCAGCUUAGUCUCCUUUGUUUCAAUGAUCUACGCACCGUCUUUCUCGUCCACGAUAAAAGAUUGUUUGGAAUUGUUAAUGGUGAACUGGAGCCCCUAGUAGCAAAACGCGUGAUUAUCCCAGUGCAGACCAUCACCCUGGACCUCAGCAUCAAGAGACGCUUCUCCCUGGAUCGCCAGAUUUUGAAGGACUCUCAACCCCUAAAACAGAUUACAUACUUGAGCCAAUCCGCAGUGGCAAGGGAGAUGGGAUCGUUUUUCAGGAGGGCCUUGACCUCAGCGGAAUGGGUGUCCCGUGUCGAGGAACUAAAGUACGCUACUCUGCUUCCGGGGAGUAGCACGUGUGUGGUCCAACGCAAGAUCAAUCAUAUUUCGUACGAUUUCAAGCGCCGGGCCUCGGAAUCCAAGAAGAGAUAUCCUCUCGUUGGGACAUAUCAUUCUAUUGGUGGCGAACAUCUAGGGUUUGGGAUCUGGCAGAGUAGCACAGAUCGAGUAGUAGCCGUCAGCCAUGGAGGUGCAUGGAUGUGUUCCGUGAUGCAUUGUCCAUAA